GGGAAGCGCCAGAGACCUGUCAGCGAUGAGGAUUGAGAUCAGGUCUUCGGCAAGCUGGUGAAAGGGUUGUAGUCGGCAGGUGUGAGGUCGCCGGUAUUGGUGGCGGCAAGUGUGGAGCGGGGUGGGGCAGUAAGCGCUCCGCGUGAGCGGCUUAGAAUGCAUCGAGGGCGGCGGCGGUGGCGAUUGCGGCGGUAGCAGGUGCGAGGGGCGUUGGCAUACGCGAAGUGGCUCUGGAAGGGAGGAGUGAGAGUGGGGAGUGAAAUUGGGAUGCUGUAUGGUGGCGGAGCAUGCGCGAGGGAGCGGAGUAGCGAGAAGAGGGACAAGUGGGUGGGUCUGAGAAGGUAGGAAUUAGGAGUUUUGGGGCGUCCGAGAAUGGCGGCGUGCACAAUAGUGUGGUUCAGACGCGAUCUUCGGCUGGAGGACAAUCCCGCGCUGAUUGCUGCUGCUAGGGCGGGGACGGUGGUGCCAGUGUUCGUGUGGUCUCCUGCGGAAGACGGUCAGUUCCAUCCGGGGCGCGUGUCGAGAUGGUCGGUGAAGUUUCUGCAGCUGCCGUGGAGUGGGGGAUGAAGUAUUUCUGGGACGUGCUGCUGGACGCAGACUUGGAGUGCGACGUGCUAGGGUGGCAGUACAUAUCGGGGAGUUUACCGGACGGGCACGAGCUGGAUCGGAUAGAGAAUCCCGAGGUGGAAGGAUACAGGUUCGAUCCGGACGGAGAUUAUGUGCGGAGGUGGAUCCCAGAACUGGCACGACUACCGAACGAGUGGGUUCACCACCCAUGGGAUGCUCCGCCGAGCGCUCUUCGAGCAGCGGGCGUGGAGUUGGGGACGAAUUACCCGCGGCCGAUCGUGGAGAUAGGAGCUGCGAGGGAGCGACUGCAGGCGUCGCUGGCGGAGAUGUGGGAAAGAGACGCAGCAAUGAAAGCGGCGCUGGCGAACGGGUUGGAAGAGGGACUGGGAGAGACGGUGGAAGUGGCAGGCACGGGAGGACCGGAGCACGAGAGAAUGGAUGUGCCGAGAGUGAUGGUGCACAUGCAGCGGGAUGCGGACAUGUCGUGCAACAGCUCGAGGAGAGACCAGCUGGUGCCAGAGAUAGUGCCGAACCAGUUCCACAUCCGGGCGCACGAGUCGAUCAUGAACAGGAGCGCGGCGAUGGUGGAGGACGGGGAGGAAGCGGGGCGGGCGGCGGUACCGAUGGUGUUUGCGAGCGUGAGGAGGGGGAUGGGUGGGAACUACGGUGGGCAUCAUGUGGAAGGGAACGGCGGGGAAGUGGCGCAGGCAAGCGCCCCGAUACAGUGGCCGACAGUGACGGCGGUGGAUUACGAGUUGGAUUCAACGGCAGAAUCGGCGUCGGUGACGGGACGCGGGGGGAGCGAAGGCGGGACGGUGCCGGUGUGGUCGCAGUCGGUGUCAGCUAGGACUCCAAUCCAGGUGCGGGAAGGUCUGGUGCCGGAGGUGCGAAGAGGACCGGGUUUGUCGCGGAGGCAACUGCAGGCGUCGGUGCAGAGGGUGAACCUGGAGGGGAUGACAUCGAAUAAGCAGGCUGAAGAGGAGGACUUUUACGUGCCAAAGUUGGUGAAAUGGACUCAACCCCGCAAGCGGCGUGUCAAGCAAGAUGGCUGACUGACUGCUUGGACACGCAGAUUUGACACAAUUUGUAGAGCUUACGGGAGUUAGUUUUACCUCAUACAUUGAUCUUUUUCUAGCUUGGCAUUUUUCGUAUGAGAUGGAUCCGGCUGUUGCCAAAUGGGACAGAGUCUUUUUAGGGUCUUGUAUUCGGCUCCUCCAAUGCUAUGUGUUAGUAUACUUGAGUGCUAUUACUUUGCAUUCCCAAAUUUAUCUACUCUGAUGAGUAGUGCUGGGUAAUUGCACUAAUUGGAUUGAGGUUUUACAUCUUCCUUGAUGUUAUAUUGUACAAAACAGUGGUGACUUGUGCUUUGUCAUAGGUUUGGGGCGUAUCUAGUUCCAGUGCAUUAUGACGAUUAAAUAGUAGUGCUGCAUUCUGGAGAUCUUCGUAGUUCACUGGUUCAUCAAAUGUAUAUCAUAAUAUGGCUAUUGAAGCUAGUUGAGUGUAAUUUUAGGUGCAGUGCAGUAUGAAUUGUGGGCCAUGAAUUCUGCAGUGUGUCUUGCGCACAUGCUUUUGUUAAUUCCAAAGGUUCGACUGGAUUGCCUUUUUCA